AUGGUUAAUGCGGUACCAGAUGAGCUCUGCAUAGCAGCAGAGAGCUUGAAGAAAAGCAACGGAUGCGGUGUUACUGCUGCAAUAGACCUGAUGAAGGAGAGCAACGAAUUCCCUUGUGUCAUGCUGCGGACGUGUUCGCUCCCGGAUCUUUACAAACUCUACAGAACUUUAGUUGAUGUUCCCAGCGUAGCAGAUGUGCAGCACCAGCAUCAGCUUGAAAUAGAUGAUACGGAAGAGGAGCAAGCCAAAGAAGGACCCUCUGAUUCUGAGUAUACUGUGUUCGGGGAGGCAGACACAGAUCUGCAGGAACUCCAGGCCUCAAUGGAACAGUUGCUUAGGGAGCAGCCCAGCGAGGAGUUCAGCGAAGAGGAGGAGCCCACCCUAAAGGCCAAUGCCAUCAGGUGCAUAACCAACGGCACAGAGCUGGAUGAAGGCGACGACAACAACCCCAGCAGUGAAAGUGCACUUAAUGAAGAAUGGCAGUCAGAUAACAGCGAUGGCGAGAUUGCCAGUGAGUGUGAAGAAUGUGACAGUAUCUUCAGCCAUUUGGAAGAGCUGAGAUACAACCUGGAGCAGGAAAUAGGCUUUGACAAAUUCAUGGAAGUUUAUGAGAAGAUAAAGGCUAUACACGAAGAUGAAGAUGAAAAUAUCGAUAUUUGUUCAACCAUAGUUCAGACUAUUCUUGGAUACGAGCACAAACACCUGUAUGCCAAAAUACUUCACCUGGUAAUGGCAGACGGAGCCUACCAAGAAG